AUGGAUACGCUUCACUCGUUCUUUGGGAAAAAGAUGUCGCGAGAAGCCGACAGAGUACUUUUAGGAGUGGGAAGAAAAAGAGACGAGAAGCUCGGGCUGAAGAUGCACAUGGAAAACUCGGCAAGAGAUGUGAAUUCCCUUGCAAUUUCUGCAUUCUGCCAUGAAUUUGGAAUAGGAACGGCUGUAGAUAUGAAGAAAGCUGAAAUGAGAUACAGCAAGGCGGCAUUGAGCGACAAUGGUCUCGCAUUGAUCAGACUAGCAUUUAUAAGGUGGUUUGGAAGACCUACAGCGACAAUAGACAGGGAAGAGGCCAAAAAGAUCCUUGACAAACUAAAACGCCUAGGUAGAAAGAGUGUGGAAUGGCUCUUUUAUGCAAAUAAGUAUGGAAAUCCCUAUGCCAAGUAUUGUUUGGGUGUGUGCUACCAAGAGGGUUAUGGUGUUCCAAUAGACCCAUUGUUGGCUGUAAAGUAUUACAGCGAAGGAGCUUAUGAGGCGAACAUUUGCUCAAUAGGAAUACUCGGAUAUUGUUUUCUAAAGGGCUUUGGAGUGGAAAGAAAUGAGGAAAUAGCCGUUGAGCUGUUCAGAUAUGCAUCCGAAAAGAAAGACUCAACAGCCCUAUAUAACAUAGGAUUCUGUUAUGAAGAAGGAAAGGGUGUGGUGAGAAAUCUUGUUAAGGCCUUUGAGAUGUAUAGACUGUCGGCGAAGAUGGAGAAUUCAUAUGCUCAAAAUGCACUAGGAAAUUGUUAUGAGGAAGGUAAAGGUGUUAACAAAGAUCUUCACAAGGCUUUUGAGUUUUAUAAAAAAAGUGCCUUACAAGGAUACCCAUCUGGCCAGUGCAACUUAGCAUUCUGCUAUCAAAAAGGAAUUGGAAUAAAAAAGGAUUUGCAGAAAGCCUUCGAGUGGUAUAAGAGAGCUGCAGCUCAAGGGCUCAGUAGAGCGAAACAUAACAUCGGAUAUUGUUAUCAGAAUGGGCUGGGAACUCCUCCAUGUAUGUCCAAGGCUGUCCACUGGUAUAAAGAAUCUGCAUCUGAAAAUAACAAAUAUUCAAUACAUGCACUAGGAGUCUGCUACCAACAUGGGUAUGGAGUGCCCAAGGACGAGAGAUUGGCUGUGAGAUACUUUGGAGAAGGUGCUAAGAUGGGUUUUGAUGAAGCAAUUAUAAGCCUUGCGCUAUGUUACAGGUCUGGAACUGGAGUCCGGGUAUCUCCGGAGAAGUCCUUUGGGCUUAUAAAGAGGGCUGCGAAGAUGAACAAUUCUUCAGCUCAGAAUACCUUGGGAUAUUAUUAUGAAGAGGGAUACGGAACACCUAAAAAUAUAAAGGAAGCCAUCAAGUGGUAUGGAAUGAGUGCUAAACAAGACAAUUCGUGGGCAUUGUUCAACUUAAGCAACUUAUAUUUUAAUAGGAGUCGCUCUUCUACAGAUAAAGAGGUUGGAAUGCGGCUUCUGAUUAAGUCAAGAGACUUGGGAAAUCCCAAGGCAAUGGACACCUUAGGAUAUUACUUUGAAAAAGGUAUUGGGGUCGAAAAGAAUCCAAUGCUCGCUUUCGAGCAUUACAAUCAAGCACUACAGGGCGGAUACUUGAAAGCCGGAUAUAACCUUGGAAGAUGCUAUGAGAGCGGUAUUGGAACAGAAAUUGAUUUGGACAAGGCUUUGUAUUAUUUCUACAAGGCAUCGUCCGCCGGAGAAGAAACCUCCCUACAAAAGCUCAAAAAGAUAUUGUCUUCCUUGGUCGAGCCAAAUCAUAUGCUCAUUCCUCCUUACGCCUGA